AUGAGCGUGACUAUAACGAACCUGAUUAUAAAGGUCGUGACUACAGGGGGCGUGAAUCGGACGAAAGUGAGGAUUCGGAUUCUGAAAGGAGAGCAUACGAACGGGAUUAUAACGAACGGAGAGGAGGAGGAGGAGGAAAGGGGAGAGGGGCAGGGGGGUAACGACAGAGAAGACUAUGAGGACGAGGAGGAGGAAUGGCGUGGAGAAGGAAGAGGUUCGGGAAGGAGAGGGGAGGAGAGGACGGGAGAUGCGGAGGAGAGAGACGAAUCUCCUUUGGGAAGUGAGAACGAUGGUGGAGAGGAGGAGAGGCAGAGAGGAGGUUUUUCACGGGAUGAAGACUUAGGCUCGGAUGAAGGCUCGGAAGUAGGCUCGGAUGAAGAGGGAGGCGCAGUGAGGAAUGAGGCCGGGGAGUAUGAGGAACGCGGGAUGGGCGCAGAUGGAUAUGCGGAGGAGUUGGGGGAGGGGGAAAGGGAGGGGGAGGAGUGGAAGAAGGGAAGGGGAUGGAAGGGGAUGGAAGGGGGGGAGGAGGAUGAAAAGGAGGAGUGGGAGGAGGGAGGUGGGGUUAGAAACAGGAGGCCGAAGGAAGGAAAGGGAAGCAUGCUAGGGGAUGAUAGCCGAGACAUCUACGGCACCCGCAGUGCUGAUAGCGGUGCCAAUUUGCGGGAUAAAGGGCUGCCCCCCAAAGCUGCACCAGGGGGUCGUGUUCUGCGCAAGUCACUCUCAGAGCGAAGCAUUUCCACCACCAGCGACUCUGCUUUUGAUACAGACCUCGAUGCUGCUGCUGCCGCUGCUGCCGGUGUUUCUCCUGGCAUGGAGACACUAAGGCAGGAAAGCCUCCCCCUGGACCCCAGGCGCGGAAGGGGCGGGGGCGUGGAGAGGAAAUACGUGGGGCAGGGGCAGUCACACUUCUCCCACUCCCCCCUGGCGCGAUCCCAAUCGCAGUCGAUGCAGCAGCAGCACCUGCAGCAGCAGCAGCAGCAGCAGCGGGUGCCUUUACCGAGGCGUGCUUCUGUUGAAAGUGAUCCGCAUUCCCCUCACCGCUCCUCUGGGAGUGUCGGGGGUCCCCAUAGCCCUGGCGCAUCUGGAUCUCCUGCUGCUGGUGGUGGUGGUGGUGCUGCUGCUGCUGGUGGUGGCAGUGCAGGAGGGGACAAGAAAAUCUCCCGCCUCUCCUCUCUUUCCGCCGAGGACCUGAACGCGUUAGGGGCAGUGGAGGGGGACGCAGCAUGCAGUGUGGAGGAAAUCCAGACCUCCUUUUUCAAAUCCAGCAAGAAGGGUGGGCUGUUAGGGUUUGCCAAGAGGGGCCUGGCUCAGAUGAAGCGCGGGUUCUUUGGGAGCGGGGGCGGGAGCGUGCUUGGGCGGGAGUUCGGGCGGCUGGAGAAGAAGUAUAUGAUGGUUGAGAAGGAGCUUGGGGCGGGGCAGUUUGGAGUGACGCGCGUGGUGCAGUGCAAGCAGACCGGGCGGCAGCUGGCUUGCAAGUCGAUCAAUAAGGGCGACUUGAAGAGCAAGGCGGAUGUGGAUGCAGUGAAGAGGGAGGUGGUGGUGCAUGAGAUGCUGGGCGGGCAUGCCAACGUGGCGAAGCUGGAAGACGUGUUUGAGGACGAGGAGGCGGUGCAUCUGGUGAUGGAGCUGUGCCAUGGGGGCGAGCUGUUUGAUCGCAUCAAGGAGAGACGACGGCUGGAAGAGAGAGACGCACUGUGCAUCAUGCAGCAGGUGCUGUCUGUGCUAGCGCACUGCCACCAGCACGGCAUCGUGCAUCGCGACAUCAAGCCCGAAAACAUUCUCCUCAAGUCGCAACAGUCCCUCUCUGACUGCCGUGUGAUCGACUUUGGCAUCGCCGCUAUCGUGAAACCAGGUGCCAAGCCCCUAACCGAGUUCAUGGGAUCACCAUAUUAUGUGGCACCAGAGGUGGUGGAGGGAAGCUACUCCUUCCCUGCAGACAUCUGGAGCGCGGGGGUCGUGCUCUAUGUCAUGCUGGCUGGUGUGCCGCCCUUCUGGGCGCGUACCGAAGCUGGUGUGAUCAAAGCUAUAAAGGAAGCCAAGGCGAGCUAUAGAGGGGACGUGUGGCGCGGCGUGAGCGCGGAGGCAGUGGAUUUGUUAAAGAAGAUGCUUGUGAGGGAUACGAAAAAGAGGCUGACGGCACAAGGGGCGCUUGCUCACCCAUGGUUUACUGCGCGGUGA